AUGAGGUCAGCUCAAGAUGUUUUGAGUCGUCUGCAAUGGGAUAGCGACCACGACAUGACGAGAUACACGAUAGGAUAUCUUGAAAGAUUUGACGGCAUCAAGGAAAUGCCUGCCAGCAGCUGGAUCGCCGAAUCUACCGAAGAAGACUGGAUCCCUCAACAUCGCAUCAAAUACUUCAAACGUACUCUCGACAACGGUGAAAGGGAGAUGGUUUGGGAUCGCGAAAAGCGGAUAGACAAGAUAUUUGGCAGCGGAUUGGGCAGCGCUGACGAGGCUGAUGUCCGAUCUGAGGAUGGCGGAGUGCGCUUGACUUCAUGA